AUGACGGCGUUCCCGGUACACCCAAGUACGGGCACAGAGUCCUCCCUGUCCGCAAAUACGAUCACUUUGUCGUCGAUUCCCAAUGGCGAAAUCCAUGGCGUCACCGAAGACGGCGUCGCUCUCGCUAUGACGGAGCACCUGUACCUCUCAGGCGACUACCUUCCACAUAUCUCGCUCAGCCGAACGAUCAUCAUGCAGUCUUCUGGUCAACUAAUCCGCGAUGCAAAGGCUGAGUUCUGGUUUGAGGGCAAGAACUCCUCUGGAGCGGAGCGCAAAGUCAUCGAUGCCGAGAUCGUUGAGCGUGACAACGGCGGCGUCAAGAUGCUAUGCCUCAAGGUCAACUACGAGAACUCGCUAGUGGCUGGUGCCGACAACACCGCCUACACGUGGCCGGAGCAGUUCAAACAAUACGUCGACGAGCUUUCACUGCUUCGAGGCAGCGGCAUUGUCUUCAUCCCACUGCCUUCCAAGCAGGACAAGUACCUGAAGACCCUCAAGCGCGAGUUACUUGAUUACAAGAAUCACGCGCCUUUCUCGACCCUUCGACCAUUCUAUAGCCCCAGCGAACAAGAAGUCACCGAUGCACUGAUGGAGUCGCCUGAAGCGGCGAGCAAGUUGCUAGAGCGUGGUCUUUGGCCAAUUUCCUCCUGGGCGAGCAUGAACGAGCUUCACCAGCACAUGCUCCGCCCGUCAAAGAUGCGUACUUCAAACACUUUUGCUAGCCUCGAAGCGGCGGAAGUCAUUUUGAACAAUGCGAACUACCUGGAGAAUUUGUGGGAAGAGACAAUUAUCGAAAAGUUGUCUGGUGGUACCGAGGUCGCCUUUGCCGUACUCAGCAAAAAGGUCGUCCUUGCCUUCGUACGCUACAAGGAUCGGAAAGAGCUCAACGCAAACAUUGCACUCAACGACCGCAUGAGCAUCGAGAUUGCAUCCUUCAUCACCGUGACGGUUGACUCCGACGGCAACAUCGUCACAAAGUCGCAGGCAGCGACUGGCCAGUAUGAGACUAUAGAGAUACCGUUCUCGGUGAACGGUAAGCUGUCAGCCAACCGCACAGAAGUCGAGGCGGACUUCGAGUUGACGUUGACUAAGCGCAAUGCCCAACUCAUCAUUGAGAAUCGGAGUCAGGUCAAAAAGCAAAUCGAAGCAGUUUCUCGGCUCUGCGCCCGUGGCUCUCGACACUACGCCUUCCACGACAUCUUACUGGGGGAGGAUCUGAGCGCGGAUGCUGCCCAAUCCUGGCUUCUCAAAAUUGUCGGCGACCAGAGCAUCAUCGACAAUGCACUCAAAGAUGUCAUAGAAAAAGCGCGACGCCUGGGCCGUCCACUCAACUCUGGUCAGGAAAGUAUCUUGAGGAAUGUUCAGUACUCCCAUCAUCGCCUGAAUAUCGUCCGAGGGCCACCUGGUUGUGGCAAGACGACCUUGAUUGCUGCUGCAGCAGAGUUCCUGGUCCGAUGCUCCAAGGACAUCGGAAUCUUUCUCCCAUCCCUCGUCAACGGCUUUCCGAUGAAGCGUCCACAGCGCGUCUACCGCAAGCAUCUGGAAGAGGAGACGCUGCUCCGCUUUCAUGACCUUCAUGGCAUCAAAGAGGAUGACGAGACCGAUGAGGCAUGGGCAGCUCCUUUUCUGAAUGCUGGUGAUUACAACGACUCUGAUGCUGCGUGGUAUGAUCGCAUGAUCAAUGCUGACAAGAAACGCGAGAUGGAAGAUCCGCGCAUCGGGAUCACGGCGGACGUCAUCUCAACAGUCAUGCGCAAUCCAGGCAUGCGGGUCGUCGGCAACAUGGGCGAUGACAGAGGUAACGUCGUUCCUGUCUUUCUGGAGCAUCUUCGGAAGCUUGAGCAGAAGGCUUUCAAGAAGUGGAAAGCCAAGGAGAAGACUGUGUUCAAGGAUGCAUGGUCAGCACUUGUCAAACAUUUCAUCGGCCAGAAGCACGUCAUCUGCUGCACAGUGGGAAACAUCACCAGUGGUCUCAUGUCACGAGCAUUGCGCAACUUCAAAAGUGCUGUCAUCAUGAUCGACGAAGCCUCUCUGAUGACCGACCCAGCACUGUGGAAUGCUGUCGUCAAUCUCAUCACCGAAGUCCGCAUUCAAAAUGAGUUCGGAGGCAGAUCACCCGUUGUCAACCUGAUCUUGAUCGGUGAUGAAGCUCAGGGCUACCCACUCGUCAAGACUGAGACAGAGGCUUUCAACUGCUUCGGAUCACAAUUGGCGCGAUCUCCCUACGAACGUCUCGUACUCGGCGGGGCAUUCGUGCAAGAGAUGACAGAGCAGUUCCGCAUGGUGCCAGCCCUCAUGACUAUGCCCAACCAACGCUGGUAUGGCGGCAAGCUGAGAUGCAGCGCAGAGCGACAAAAGGCAAGAUUGACUACUGAAGACAAGGUUCUCCUCCAACAGUUCUUUGACAUCGAGUAUCCUCAGGUCGUCAAGGAUGCUGCGGAUCGGGCGGCGGCGGAAGUCGAGCCUCACACUCAGUCAAGACUAAACAUGGGCAAUGUGGACGUCAUUCUCAAGAUCUUCCGAGACCUCAUGUACAAAGACAAAAAGGGCCUAGCAAAGCGACCGAACGAGGUUGUCAUCCUGACAUUCUACAAUGCCCAACGUCGUCGCCUCCUUAACGCCCUCCUUGACUUGGAAAAAGAGCUUGGUUUAGGAGAGGGCUCCCUGGAUGGCUGCCUACACACCGUGGACAGCUUUCAAGGUCGCGAGGCCAAGUACAUCAUCUUGGAUCUCACUGUCUGCUCUUACUUCGGCGAAGGCAGCCUUGGUCAUGCUGGGGAGGAACGCAAAGCUUGCGUGGCGGCCACCAGAGCACGAGACGCGAUGAUUGUUGUUGGCAAUCUCAACAUUCUGAAGGCAAACUUCAGCCACGAAGGGCGUCUACCAUUCGUCAUCGAUCUACUGAAGACUCUCGAAGCUCGUGGUGCCUACAAGACUUUCAACACGGAUGCCGAGCCCGAGAAGCAGGUUGGUGCUAAGCUAGAUAGUGAGCUCCGUGCUGAGGCCAUUGCGAAGGCGCAGGCUUUACUUGCUCACAAACUCAAGCAGAGAGAUCUCCUCAUGCGCAGCAAAGAAGAGGACCUUGCUCGUGGUGACGAGGAAGAAGUAGCGGAGCAAGAAGUGGAGACGGGCUCGAGCGACGAUACAAGCUCAACAACUGUGGUAGCUGAGAGCGAGAACCGCUCAUGGGACGACCUCAAGGCUGCGGUGAAGGCUAUGGGCUUGCGGGAGACUUAG